GCGCGCCGCCAACGUCACACCGGAGCGCCCGCUCCUGGCUCGGAGAGAAGCCGCAGGGAGCCGAAGGGUAGCCGAGCGGCGAGGAUGUGGAGUCGCGCGCUCCGGCCAGCGCUGCGGGCAAGACUGAAUCACCGCUCGAAAGGAGCGAUAGCGCAGGCGCGGGAAGCACGAGUCGGGAGUUACCGAUCUGCGGCGAGCGUUUCGGGGAGGGCCCAGGGCGGCGAACCUUCGGCCCCGCCCCCCGAGCCCCGUCUAGGCGGCCGAGUGAGCGCCGAGCUGAUCGAGCACCUGGAGCGCCUGGCCCUGGUGGAUUUCCGAAACCGGGAAGGUGUGGAGCGGCUGCAGGCGGCCAUCGAGUUUGCGAGCCAGCUCCGCGCCGUGGACACGGACGGCGUGGCGCCCAUGGAGUCGGUGCUGGAGGACCGGUGCCUGUACCUGAGAGCUGACGAUGUCGUGGAAGGCAACUGUGUGGAAGCCCUGCUACAGAACUCUCACCAGACUGUCGAGGAGUAUUUCGUGGCCCCCCCAGGUAACAUCACUCUGCCAAAACAAAGUGAACAAGAUCCAGUCACACAGAGUUAAACACUGAUUUGGGGAACAGUGCUCACAAGAGCCAACAAUGUGGAGGACACUUGGGAAAGACUAAGCUGAAAAAGCUCCCAGGAACUUUUGUCAACCUAGCCAGGCCCUGGCCCUUUCCCCCUUCUCCCCCUGCUCUCUGUGAAGGAGGUCCAGGAAGAGACGUUCCCAGGAAAUGGGUCAAGUAUUCACUUAAUCCCUGGGUCACAUAUAUUGGAAGAGUCCUGGUUAACUGUACAAUCCAUCACCUUUGGUUCAGAGUUUCUGCACACUAUUAAAGAGUGAGUUUCUAACCAAA